UCGAACUGCACACCAUCCAUCGUCCAUGUCCAACCACCCCUCUGCGCCAGAGGAAGUCAUUCCACCCUUCGACCUCCCCCCUAUGGGGGAGGAUGAUGCGGUAUCUCCCGCCGAAAUGCUUCCCCCACCUGUCCCCAACCCCGCCUUGCCGGACGUCACCCUCCCGCGCCUGGUGCUCGGAUGUGCGCCCUUCGGGUACGGCGUAUACACGGACAAGGACGCGGUGCGCACGUCGAUGCCUGUGAGGAUUGUGCGUGCGGCCCUGCGCGCAGGCAUGUGCGCGUUUGACACUGCUCCCCACUACCACCCAUCCGAGAUCAUUCUGGGGCACGCGCUCGCCGCGCUGCGCGACGAGUUCCCGCGCUCGUCAUACGCCAUCAUCACCAAGGCGGGCAAGUACGGCCCGACAGUCAAGGACCACGACUACGCGCCCGAGACGAUCAAGGCGAGCGUUGAGCGCAGCCUGCGGCGACUGCAGACAGACUAUCUCGACGUGGUGUACCUGCACGACGUCGAAUUCGUCGCGGACGCACCGCCGGCGCAAGGCACACACCUGGACGCACUAACGAACCCCGCGGCCUUCCACUUGACCGACCCGACGCCGCUCGGCGCCGGCGACGAGAGGGUCCUCGCCGCCCUCGGCGCGCUGCGCGACCUCGAAGCCGCGGGCAAAGUCCGGCGUAUCGGCAUCGCAGGCUAUCCGCUCCCGACGCUGCUGCGGCUCUGCCGCCUCGCCCAGGCGGCGGGGCUCCCCGUCGAUGUCGUGCAGAGCUACGCGCAUCACACGUUGCAGUGCUCGACGCUGCCAGCGUUCCUGGCUGCGUUCGAGGACGCGGGCGUCGCGCAGGUCCUCAACGCCGCGCCGCUCGCGAUGGGCAUUCUCACCGCUGGCGGGGGGCCGGACUGGCAUCCCGCGAAGUACAUCCCCGACGUGUAUCCCGCCACGCGCGAGGCUGUGGACGUGGCAAAGCAGAGGGGGACGAGCAUCGAGCAAGUCGCGUGCAAUCUCGCAUACCGGCCGCUCCUGCUUGGCAGCGGCGGUGUCGUGCCCUGCGUUAUUGGGUGUACAGAUCUCGCGCAGCUCCAUGUCACUCUCCGCGCGUUUGCGGCGGCAAACAACGGCGACGUGGAGGAGAAGGUGAUGGAAACCGAGCGCGUGCUGGUCGAGUUGUUCAAGUCGCGGGGUGUGCAUAACGUCAGCUGGCAGAGUCCUGCGCCUAAGGACAUGUAGCAUGCAUAGGGUGGUAUUUUGUCUAGUAUUGUCUUCCUGCGGCUAUGACAGCGAAAUGUGACAGCCCGCUUGCUCUACUCCUCGCGCGUCGGCGCGCGCAGCUGGGCCUGUAGCCCGGCCCGAGUCCCGCGCACCGUCGUCCAGAUGUACUUGAAGACCGUCUCCAUCGGCGUGAACUGCCCCACGAGCUGCUUGUACGCGUUGUACGCUGGGUACUGGCGUCAGCCGGCUGCUGAGGAGCAAACUCACCCUGUGGCUCGUGAUCCACUCGGUCAGCGUAGUCGAGGCAAGGAAAAGGAGGCUGAGC